AGUAGUCUAAGAGGUUGAUUUAGUCGGCAAUCAAACCAUACGUAGAGCCUUGUACAACCUAAGUAGGUCGAUCUGCGAUCCGUGGUUCUGAUCUGUCAGACUUCGACAUACCGUUAUUGUUGCCUUUCCUCCUGUGCCAGUGAUGGAUCAUCGUUCCUGGACAUAUCAUACUAUUCGUCCUAGGGAACUAGGCUCGAAGCCAUAGCACCAGAUCCCUACAAGCCAUUUCACACGGAUUUUAUAUAUAUAUAUAUAGUGUGUGAGAGCCAUGGUUGUUGACUAUCUGUUUGUAGGCGCUUCUCUCACAUGAGCCCUACCAGCAAUGUCGACAAAGCUCAUUUUCCUCAUGGGUGCUCCCACACCGCAGAGCCUCUGCUGGGAUGAGGAUGGGUUGCUCGACAACCCUAUAUUUCCAUUCUCUGGUCCAAAUGUUGAAGACCAAGUGAAUCAGCCUGUUUCAGAAUCCCAUACUGUUAAAUGGAGGUUGUUACAGGAUCCGAAAGUUCAAGAGCAAGAACGAGAAAACGCUUGCUCCGAACCAGGCAGGCAUGCUAUAUUUUUGAGAACCCAAGAUCUCACGCCCCUAAAUGGCGUAUCAUCAAUUUCACCAGAUGACUCGGCAAUCUCUCAGUUCUACGACCAUUCCUUUGCGGUACACGAGACGUCCGAGAUCUCUUUACCUGGAGCGCAUCUGGGAGACUCUAUGCAGGAGAGUGGCUUAUCGACGGAUAGUACAGGAACAUCCGUCACGUCGUCCAGUGACAGAGAAGCGCCAGAAGUGGGUUCUCUAGCAAUUCAAGGGUGUCUCAGUGACCUGAAGGAUAUCCCCAGCGCCACAUAUCUACAAUCGAUUGUGCCUCAGACGAUGACAGUAAACCUGAUUGUGGGUAUCAUCGCAAUUCAUCCUCCACGCCGCAUAGUUACUCGGCAGUGGAAAAGGGAGCUGGACCUCGUGGAAGUGGUGGUGGGCGACGAGACAAGAACAGGAUUCGGAGUUACCUUCUGGCUGCCUCUGGGAGACAAAACAAAUGCCACUGGCCGGUGUGACAUCGAGGCUCAGAAGCUUCGAACGUCAUUGUCUAGUCUCCGACCUCGAGACAUUGUUCUCCUGCGCAUGGUAGGAUUGAGCUCAUUCCGAGAACGGGUAUAUGGGCAGAGUGUGGGCAGAGGGGUAACGACAGUCGACUUGCUGCACCGCCAGCGGAUUGACGCAACGGACGCAGGAGGCAUCUACAGUACAAGGCGCCUGCAAACCUUCAAAGAUGAUGAAACCAAGCAUGGCGAUCUGCGAUUACUGAUGAAGGUGUGCAAAGUGCGGGAGUGGAUCCGUCUGUUUGUGGACCGUGCACCGGAUUUAGUAGGCGGUGGGCCGCGUACUUCAAGGAAACAUGGCCAGCCUUUGCCUCCAGACACGCAGGAGUAAAUUGUCAAUUAUUGAUGAAGCUGAAGGACUGCAAGAUCUGAAGUGUGAAUAAUGCAAAGUCGACGAGAGAGAUUCUAGCACCAAGGUUGACCACAGGUAGUCAACUCAACGCUCAAUAACGAUAUAUAUACCUUAGCUAUGCCUAACAGGGGUAUACAAACAUUUAACAGUCUGAUACGAGGCAUGGCAGAUGAU